CCGAGUCCAGCAGUGGCCAAGAUAAGGAUAAAAGGCUGUCUUCGCGACAGCCCACUACACUGGCUGCAGUGGCACAGAGCAGAACUCACACAUAUGAUUCUCCAGCAGUUGUUUAUUUGGCCUGACAGCAUUGUCCUUACAUCAUGUUCUGCAGAAGCGUUAGUUGGUUCAUCUGCAUUUUUGUCGCAGUUCUCACUGCUGCCGACUAUAGCGACUCUCAUCCCAGUACAGGAUUAGAUCCCGAAGUCACAGUCUACCACUUUGGAACUGACAAUAUGAAAUCGCCCACAGCAGGACAGGUCCAGGAGGGGAAAGAGGCUCCCACUGUGGACCUGGGCGCCCUGCUGGACGCUGGAGACAGCGCCGUGGUGACUCUGGUGGCGGGCGACACCCGUCUGGCAGCGCACAGGGCCGUCCUGGCCGCCAGGAGUCCCGUGUUCGCCGCUGUUUUCAGCCACGGCACGCUGGAGGCCACAGUCCCAGACGUGGGGGGCCCGCUGCUGCGCCAUCUCGUGGCCUACAUGUAUACCCUGCAGGCCCCGCAGCUGGCCAGAAUGGCCCCCCAGCUGCUGGUCGCGGCUGAUAAGUACGGCUUGUCAGGCCUGAAGGCACAGUGCGAGCAGCAGUUGGCCGCACAGCUGUCUGUUGAGACUGCGGUGACCACAGCUGUGCUCGCUAUUCGGAACUCCUGUAGCAGCCUUAAGAAGGCCGCCGCCGCCUUCAUAAAGACUCAUAUUUUACACGUGAUGGCCACGAAGGGCUGGACAGAUGCGCUACAUUGUCAGCCUGAAGAUCUGAUUGAAGUGCUCAAGCUGCUGUCUGAGCCAGCAGCAGAAACCGGCACUCCAGCCGCUGGAGACAGCGAGGUCACCCCCACCAGUGAGCUGCACAUGGGCCACAAAAACUGCAGCAGGGCUCCUGUUCCAGAUGCAAAGCACACAGCUACCUGCCCCACUCCCACAUUUGAUGAUGCUUCCGUCUCUUUCCUGAGGGCCCUCUCUGCAGCGGAGAAAGGCAGGAGGCUGAUCAAGGCAGCUAACGAUGGGACAGUGCAAGAGCUGCAAAUGCUGCUGGCAGCUGGGGCUGAUGUGGGUGCGACGGAUGGGAACAAGAACACUGCGCUGCACUGGGCAGCCUGGGAGGGUCACGUGGAAGCGGCGAGCUGUCUGGUGGGGGCUGGCGCGGAGGUGGGGGCCGGGAACUGGGUCCAGAACACGCCGCUGCACUGGGCUGCAUGGGGCGGCCGGCCGGCCGUGGUGCGGCUGCUGGCGGCGUUCUCUGCAGACCCCAAUGCCAGGAACGUGGACGGGGACACGCCGCUGCACUUCGCGGCUGAGCAUGGCCGCACGGAGGAGGCGACUGCACUACUCGAUGCAGGGGCUGACAGCGGGGCCAGGAAUCACAAGGGGAAAACCCCAGUGGACCGCGCCAGGCAGUUCAACCACCAACACUGGAUAGACAGGAUAACACGAGACUGGCACUACAAUACACGCCUCUGAAGUAAAUAGAACACUGCUCUAGUAAAAUCACCACAGUAGCGACAAUCUGAGAUUCAUAUACACUAAUGUGUGUAGCAAGAAGCGAGUUUCCUUCCAUGAAAACUCAACAAUAAUUGAAACGUAUAUCAUUAAUAAUAAACAUGUUUUUAACUAAAUUCAUUAUUGUAAAGUAAUUGGUAAAAAUAUGCUAUUACACAUAACACCACAGCCAGUGUGGUAGUAAGGCGCUGUACUGUUGCGGUAAGUUGCUGGACUACAGUAACAAUAAAUCUUCAAUUUAAUCAACAACAAUUUAUUUAUUCAGCCAACUGCACAGUUUGCAAACACUGCCAGUGAGUGUCCGUCAAGUAUGACUUUAAGUAAACAGUUAUGAUGAAAGUCCAAAGACAGUCAUCUGAACAGAAAAAGAGCACGUUGUAUUGAGCAGGAACAUCAGUCAUCCCCAAGGAAACCAUAGAGGCUUAGUUUGUGUCUCAGAAUACUGUGAUACAGUAUCACAUUAGCUGUGGAAAAAAUAACAAUGAUUACUAAAACAAACCAUUCCUCUUACAAUACCAUAAAGAUAUUACAGCACUUCUUAAAAACAUCAAGAAUUUUCUUACUUGCCAAGGACAAGCAUUUACAAGAGAAACACACUCACUAAUUAUGUCCAUGUCUUGCGGAGAUGCAAAUGUGUUCACAAUGCAACAAUUUCCAAAAUUUAUGAUAAGGCAUACACCCACAGAAAUUUUCAUUGAAGGAGUCCACAUACAUGAAAAUAAAUCAUCUUUGGUAAAACAA